AUCUUACCAUUUAUACAGACCCCACUAAUGUACCCAAUUGCCUGCAGGAGAGUGUUCAAAGUCCUCAACUAAAUAGCCCCAAACCAAAGAUCUUCAUAGAUCUGUUCCCAAACCUCUUCUUAUCUCUCUGGUUCUCCUAUGCCUCAUUCAGUCCUGUGUUGUCCCAUCCCUGGCAAAAACUCUACUGCGUUCUGCUGUGUAUUAAGGAUUGAAACACAUUUUUGCAGGGCCAUGUACUUAACUACAGGAAUCUGGUUCUACUGGUCCAUUGUUUUGUUGUCUCUUGUUGGGAUCCUGACUGCCUACACUUCAUUGCUGUUGGUACUUGGAUUUUUGUUGGUUUGGGAAGGGAACAAACUAUACCUGCACUGGUGCCAUAAGAUCCUGAUUCUGCUAGUGACAGCACUAUCCAUCACUUUGUUGUGGGUUUUAUGCAAAUUAUGGAGAGACAAGUGGCUGAUACUUGGGCUGUCUCUGAAGAUCUUUGCUCCCUACUGGCAUCUGGCCUGCAUAACUUUGAUGAUUAUCCUUUCAUGGCCUGUGUCCUACUACUUGGUCCAGUUGGAAGGAGAAGCUAGGUCCAGAAGAUCCAUGAUGCCAUAUUAUGAGAGAGAAAAAACCGAGAGAUGUCAUAUACUCACAAGGUUGAAAGCUCUACAAAUAGUUGUUGGACUGCCUUUUGUUAUUGUCCUUUUGUUUCUCUACGUGAUGCCACUGGGGAUUCAUUCUCCCUGCAUCCAAGAUAAGGAGAAGUUAGGCCCCAAGCCCAACUUCUUUGGACAUAGAGGUGCCCCCAUGUCCGGGCCUGAGAACACCAUGAUGUCUUUUGAGAAAGCUAUUGAACAUGGAGCCUAUGGACUAGAGUCUGACGUACAUAUAAGUUACGAUAGUGUGCCUUUCCUCUUGCAUGACAAUGACUUCAAGCGAACAACUGAUAUUGAGGAGGUGAUAUCCAGUGCUGACCUCAAAAGAAGUGAAUUCUACGAAUGGGAUUUCAUAUCGACUCUGAAUGCAGGCGAAUGGUUUUUGAAGCCAAAAGACAAACCAUUUUAUCGUAUGGAACCCCUAUCAGAGGCUGAUAAUGAAAAAGCAAGAAAUCAGAAAAUCCCCAAAUUACGUGAUUUAUUGGAUCUCGCACAGAAGGAAAAAAAAUACGUGAUAUUUGAUCUUACAACCCCUCCACCAAAACAUCCUCACAGAAACACAUUUGUCCGACUGGUAGUAAGCGUGAUCCUUGACUCUAAAAUUGAGCCACAUCUGAUUUUUUGGUUGCCAAAUUUUGACAGGGACUACGUCAGGCAUAUGGCUCCUGGUUUUCAGCAAGUGGGCCGGUUAUACCCCCUUGACCAACUUUCAAAGGAAAACAUAAGAAUAAUAAAUGUUGACUACAAGGAGUUGUUCUACAACGGCUUGAGAGAUUAUAAAGCCGCUAACAUCACCAUCAACUUAUAUGUCGUCAAUAAGCCUUGGCUCUUCUCACUGGCCUGGUGCUCCAGAAUUCAUUCAGUCACCACAGACAACAUUAAGCUCCUGAGUGAGAUUGAUCACCCUCACUUCUUCAUGACACCAAGGUACUAUAUGUUCAUAUGGCUUCUCAUAGAUGGUAUUUCUGCAGUUUUAAUUUUUGCCAUAUUUUAUUUUCACUGGUAAGUAUAUAUUUAUAUAUUUUAAAUGAUUUGCUUCCCAAAAUAAAAUGAUAAAUGGUUCUUACAGAAGUUAGAAAAAGAUAGAAGUUAAGGGGGGAGGGGGAAGA